AGCAGGGAGGAAGGUGAAGGGUGUGUUUUCAGUUUCACUCGUUCUUCCUUUCCUUUGUCCUUUUGGUUCUUUCUGCCCAAAUAUCUCAUCUCAUCUCCAUCCCCUCAAUAUCUUCUUCCCAUGGAGUUUUCCGGCCGCUGCCUCCACAAUCUCUGACCCCUGGCCCCUUGAUUGGUCGGCGCACCCGUUCAAUUUGCUGUUCAGAUGCCGUAAGAUUCAGGUUUUGAGAGCAAUACUGUAUGCAUAUUGGUUCCUGAUUCCAUUGCUUUCUUGUCAGAAUAUUCUGGAUUUGAUUGGUUGAUAUUUAAACUACCUGUCGUUUAGAUUGCACCAAUUUGUGGCGGCGGCUGUGUAUAUUCGUAAUACUACUUGGGUCUCUUGGCAUCGAUAAGCAAGCCAGCGGCCAUGGGCUCUCGAUUUCCUUCUCAUCAGUUAAGCAAUGGCCUCUAUGUGUCGGGUCGGCCAGAGCAGCCAAAAGAGAAAACUCCAACAAUGAGUUCAGUUGCCAUGCCUUACACUGGGGGUGAUAUCAAAAAGUCUGGGGAACUUGGUAAAAUGUUUGAUAUCCCUACCGAUGGAUCCAGGUCUCGGAAAUCAGGUCCCUUGAACAAUGCUCCCUCCAGAACAGGUUCAUUUGCUGGUGCAUCUUCCCACUCAGGCCAAUUAAAUUCUGUGAGUCGGGGCUCCGUUUCAGCUGGGGGUGCUGGGUCUGGUUCAAUGAAGAAGACAAAUUCCGGUCCACUCAAUAAACACGGUGAGCCUAUUAAAAAGUCAUCAGGUCCUCAAGGAGGGUCUCGCCACAAUUCUGGUCCUCUUCCUCCAGUCCUCCCAACUACUGGCCUUAUUACAUCUGGACCUCUGAACUCAUCUGGGGCUCCCCGUAAGGCAUCUGGUCCGUUGGAGUCUACCAUGUCGAUGAAGUCGCACCAUCCUCCAGUUGUUAAUAAUCCGGCUGUUACGAAUCUCAGCCAGGAUGAUGAGUAUUCAUUCAGGAAGAGCUUCCCCAAGCCAAUCCUUUGGGCUAUCAUUCUUCUUUUCAUCAUGGGAUUUAUUGCUGGUGGUUUCAUCCUUGGAGCUGUUCACAACCCGAUCCUCCUUGUUGUUGUUGUUGUACUUUUUGCUGCAGUGGCUGCCGUGUUUACAUGGAAUACUUGCUGGGGAAGGAGAGCUAUCACUGGCUUUAUAGCUAGCCAUCCAGAUGUUGAGUUACGAUAUGCAAAAGAUGGUCAAUUUGUCAAAGUUUCUGGGGUUGUUACCUGUGGAAAUGUUCCUCUUGAAUCAUCAUUUCAGAAAGUUCCUCGAUGUGUGUAUACAUCCACAAGCUUGUAUGAGUAUCGGGGUUGGGAUUCAAAAGCAGCAAACCCCACUCAUCGUCGCUUUACCUGGGGCCUUCGAACAUCUGAGAGGCAUGUUGUUGACUUCUAUAUCUCUGAUUACCAAUCUGGUUUGAGGGCUUUGGUUAAGGCUGGCUAUGGUGCAAAAGUAACUCCCUACGUUGAUGAAUCAGUUGUGGUCGACAUCAAUCCAUCGAACAGGGAUAUGUCCCCUGAAUUCGUCCGGUGGUUAGGAGAUCGAAAGCUUUCAAGUGAUGAUCGAUUAAUGCGACUCAAAGAAGGGUACAUCAAAGAAGGCAGCUCUGUUAGCGUCAUGGGAGUCGUUCAACGGAAUGAAAGUGUCUUGAUGAUUGUUCCACCGCCCGAACCCUUUUCAACAGGAUGCCAAUGGAGCAAGUUCAUUCUCCCCGCCAGCCUCGAAGGCAUCGUGCUGAGAUGUGAGGACUCUUCGAAGAUGGAUGUCAUACCAGUUUAACAGGCGCAGGCAGGCGGAUGCACUCGAUCCCCUGCGCGCAUCUUAAUGUUAAGCACACAGAAAGAUUGGAAAAUUCAGACUCUCCCUUCUUACAGAAAUGGUAGAAAGCCCUCUUCUUCUUCUUCUUCUUUGUCUAUUGUCGAAUAGUUUGUAUAGAUUCCGGCGUUUUUUCUUCGAUUUCAAAGUGUCUGAUUUUGAUCCCAGUGUGUGUUUAUUCCCAGUCGCCUUGGAGUGAAUUACAUUUUCUGUGCAAUGGAGGGCCUCUAUGGACUUGAGGAUUUUUUUAUUCUUAUUUUGUUGGGGUUUUUUAAUCUUUGAAAUUUGAUGGAUGGAUGGUCAAACUGCUGAUAAUUCUUCUUGUGUUGUUGAGGAAACAAACAGCCAUGCCAUAUGUUUAUGCAUGCCUUGAAACAGUAUUAUUCUUUUUUGCUCUUUAGCUUCUUUUGUAAACAUGUUUGUGCUGCUUUCUUUCACUCCGUUGAAUGACAUAAAUUUAAUUGACCGACUGAGUGGCUGACUUUGAGAUACUAUUAGCUA